GCAGUGUUCUCUCUCUCUCUCCUUCUCCCUCUCUAAGUGAAUCUUUCUCUUUGUUCCCACAGAAUGCCUCAAAUAAGAAUAGUAGCUGAAAAUUCUUCUGUGACAGAGUUUACCCUCGCAGGCCUAACAGACCAGCCAGGACUGCAGAUUCCCCUCUUCUUCCUGUUUCUAGGUUUCUACCUGUUCACCGUGGUGGGGAACCUGGGCUUGAUAACCCUGAUUGGACUGAACUCUCACCUGCACACCCCCAUGUACUUUUUCCUCUUCAACUUGUCCUUCAUAGAUUUCUGCUAUUCCACUGUUAUCACUCCCAAAAUGCUGGUGAGUUUUGUCUCCGCGAAGAACAUCAUCUCCUACGCAGGGUGUAUGACUCAGCUCUUCUUCUUUCUAUUUUUUGUUGUCUCCGAGUCCUUCAUCCUGUCAGCGAUGGCGUAUGACCGCUAUGUCGCCAUCUGUGACCCACUGGUGUACACGGCCACCAUGUCUCCCCAGGUCUGCUUACUUCUUCUGUUGGGUGUCUAUGGGAUGGGGUUUGCAGGGGCCAUGACCCACACAGCAUGCAUGGUCAGACUGACCUUCUGUGCCAACAGUGUGGUUGACCACUACAUGUGUGACAUCCUUCCCCUUCUUGAGCGCUCUUGCACCAGCACCCAUGUGAAUGAGCUGGUAGUUUUCAUUGUUGUGGGCAUUGAUAUUGGUGUGCCCACAGUUACCAUCUUAAUUUCUUAUGCCCUCAUCCUUUCCAGCAUUCUCUGUAUUCAUUCCACAGAGGGAAAGUUCAAAGCCUUCAGCACCUGCAGCUCCCAUAUAAUUGCAGUUGCUCUUUUCUUCGGGUCAGGGGCAUUCAUGUACCUCAAGCCAUCUUCUCUUUUACCUAUGAACCAGGGGAAAGUAUCCUCCUUGUUCUAUACCACUGUGGUGCCCAUGCUCAACCCGGUAAUCUACAGCCUGAGGAAUAAGGAUGUGAAAUUUGCUCUGAAGAAAACCUUAGGCAAAAAAUGGUUCUCUUGAGAACGGAGCAAUACUUA